AUCAGUCACUGUUGACAUUUUAUGUGUUGGAAAAGUGAGUGAGGAAAUGUACUCCGAUUAGGCGAAGUGGAAAAAGUUGUUUUUGGCAAUACAAUAAGAACUUUAAUGUGAAAAAGACACAAAAGACGAAGCUUUAUACUACGAAUAAACAAGUAACAUCUCAAACAUGGAUCGUAAGGCUGAGCUUGAACGCAAAAAGGCCAAAUUGGCCGCUUUGCGGGAAGAGAAGGAUCGGCGACGUCGCGAAAAAGAAAUUAAAGACAUGGAAGAAGCAGCCGGUCGAGUUGGCAGCGGUCAUGAUAAGGAUCAACGUAAAGAUCUCGACGAAAUGCUUUCGUCACUAGGUGUUGCCCCCGUUUCUGAAGUUCUCUCAUCACUGUCAUCAGUGAAUUCAGUAACACCUGACAACUCGAAUAAUCAAACUCCUGAAGGCAGUUUACAACCAAUUAGUUUGAAUGGUAGCAGUACUGGUCGUAGAAAGCCUGUUAAUUUAAGUGUUGUAAGCGUUCAAACCACCAACAUUCCACCAAAAGAGCAAGUCACAUACUCAAAACAAACACAAACGAAUAGUACCGGCGGUCAUGAGCGUGAUGUUCUUUCUUGCCAUUCCUCGCCUUUGUCAGGAUAUAUGGAGGAUUGGUGGAGACCACGAAAAGCUCAUGCUACGGACUACUACGAUGAAUACAAUCUAAAUCCGGGUUUAGAGUGGGAAGAUGAAUUUCCAGUGCUUACUUUUGGUGACGCCCAAGGAGAUGAUGAAGAAAGUUCCCUACCACAUAUGGACCAUGGAUUUCAUUCAAAGUUGCCGCCUGGCAUACUUCCACAUGGUUUACCAACCGUUAAAGAAGUCGCACCGGCCAUUACGCCACAGGAACAAAAAAAGGAUCACGAUGAUAAGAAACCAAUUAGAGAACUAUCUGAGGAACAGAAGCAGAUGAUUAUACUCUCUGAGGAUUUCCAGCGUUUCGUUAUGAGAGCAGGAAAGGUUAUUGAACGUGCGUUGUCAGAAACUACUGAUAUUUAUACAGACUACAUUGGCGGUGGUUCCACUGAUGAAGGAAUAGAUGAAAAAUCGCUGGCUGGAUUGUCCUUAAAUAGAAUCUUCUACGAUGAUCGAUGGUCGAAAAAUCGCUGUGUGACAUCAAUGGACUGGUCCACUCAUUAUCCAGAGCUGGUCGCCACUUCAUACCACAACAACGAGGAAUCGCCCAACGAACCCGAUGGUGUUGUGAUAGUAUGGAAUACCAAAUACAAGAAGCAAACACCAGAGGAUAUCUUCCACUGCCAAAGCGCCGUGAUGUCUACAUGCUUCGCUAAAUUCCAACCAAAUCUCAUCCUCGGCGGUACUUAUUCCGGUCAAAUUGUUGUUUGGGACAAUCGUGUACAGAAACGCACCCCAAUACAGCGCACACCAUUGAGUGCUACGGCCCAUACCCACCCUGUGUAUUGUCUACAAGUGGUUGGAACCCAAAAUGCGCACAACGUUAUAUCAAUUUCGUCUGAUGGUCGUCUCUGUUCAUGGAGCUUGGAAAUGCUUUCAAUGCCACAGGAUACAAUGGAAUUGCAACAGAAGCAAUCGAAAUCGAUUGCUGUGACAUGUAUGGCAUUUCCAAAUGCUGAAAUCAAUAAUUUUGUUGUAGGUAGCGAGGAUGGUUACGUCUAUUCAGCCUAUCGACAUGGUACACGCGCUGGCAUCGGUGAACAAUACGAGCGACAUUUAGGCCCAGUGACCGGAGUUUCGACGCAUUAUAAUCAAGGAUCGCCGGAUUUCGGUCAUUUGUUCCUAACUUCUUCCAUUGAUUGGACUAUUAAGUUGUGGAGUUUGAAGGAUACCAAACCGCUUUAUUCAUUUGAAGACAACUCAGACUACGUUAUGGAUGUCGCAUGGUCUCCGAUCAACCCUGCACUGUUUGCUAGCGUCGAUGGAAGCGGCCGCCUAGACCUAUGGAAUUUGAACCAGGACACAGAGGUUCCAACUGCUUCAGUCGUAGUGGAGGGUGCACCAGCCUUAAAUCGUAUCUCAUGGACCCCAUCCGGUCUUCAUGUAACAAUUGGUGAUGAUUCCGGUCGAGUUUAUGUAUACGACGUUGCCGAACACAUUGCUCACCCUCGCAUGGAUGAAUGGACCCGAUUCAGUCGAACGCUUAAUGAAUUGAAAAUGAAUCAAAGUGAUGAACUCUAGAGCUAUCUACGAUAUCUUAUCUAAAAAUGUAUUUAAGGAGAGGUUAAAAGAGAGCAAAAAAGACUUCAAGUCAUUAAUUUUUCUUUGUUCUUUUGCUCAUUUUUUAGAUUCAUGGGAAAUUUUAUUUACUUCAAUUUAACUUAAUAGUUUUAUUUAGUAAUUAUCAUUAUUAUUAUUGUACUAAAUGUUUUAAGUUCUUGUUGAAUUCGUGCAGGAGAGUAGAUUUGACUUGUGGAAUUCAAUGGAAUUCGUGUAUCAGUUUGAAAUUGCAUGAAAUACUUGUUUAGACAUUUAAUUCGAUGGUUUUGUUUAUGAAACAGUUUCUUGGAAGUUCAAUGCAAUUAUUUUGAUACUGUGGGCUUUAUUUUGUGAUAUAGAAAUGUUCUUGUAGAACUGCAUGAAAAAUAGAGACCAGAGGAAAGUCACGAAGACAUUUUUAGAAAUCUUUAAUCUUCAAGUCGCUUACUCGUAACUCAAUGAAUAUGUGAAAAUUACAACAGCAAAAGUAUUUAUUCAUGUAAUAUUGAAAAUAUAAUAAAAUAUGUAUAAUAAUCUGA